CGGACGGAGGACGGCUGGGGAGUCGCAGCCCGGGAUUGUAAAUAAGACCGCCUAAACUGUGUUUUAUUUACAAAAGUGAUGCCGGCUGUUUUAAAAUAUCUUUCCCAGUUGUUUUAAAUCGUUUUUCGUAAUUUUUGGCUCUAUUCCUCGCCUAUUUCCGUGUGGUUUUUACACUACGCGUAUAAUGGCGAGCUCGGCUAACUCGAACCCAGUGCCUAAGUUAUACAAGUCUGUGAUAGAAGAUGUGAUCACCGAGGUGCGAGAGCUGUUCCUGGACGAGGGAGUUGAUGAGCAAGUUCUUUUGGAGCUGAAAACGCUGUGGGAGAACAAGCUGUUGCAGUCCAAGGCAGUGGAGGGCUUCCAUACUGAGGAGCAGGCAGCCCUGCAGGCCGCUCAGCAGCAGCAGCAGCAGGUUCAGCAGGUCCAACAAGUCCAGCAGGUGACCCAGCCAGCUCAGGCCCAGCAAGUCAUACUGCCGCCCCAGCAACAGCAAGCUCCCCAGCAGCAAGUCAUUGUUCAGGACCCUAAGAUUCUACAGCACAUGAGUGCAACGGGGAUGAGUGCAGCGGCUACCGCAGCAACUCUUGCUUUGCCCACAGGGGUCACCCAAUACCAACAACUCAUCACCAGCCAAGGUCAGAUCUUGCAGGUAGUCCGUGCUGCCAACGGGGCUCAGUACCUCAUCCAGCCCCAGCAGCAGAUUCUCCUGCAGCAGCAGAUGCAACCUGGUGGCGUGCAGGCACCAGUAAUACAACAGGUUCUGGCUCCUCUGCAGGGAGGCCUGCCCCAGCAAGCAGGAGUCAUCAUACAGCCGCAGCAGAUUGUCUUAACCCCAGGAAACAAAGUCCAAGGCAAUACACAGGUGAUGCAGGCAGCAACUAUGGCACCACAGCCUGGUCAGGCAGCAGCUCAGGUCCAGCAGGUUCAGCAGGCCCAAGGUGCAACUGCGCCACAAGCGCCGUCACAGCCCCAGGCCCAACAGCAGCAACAGCCUCAGCCCCAGGCCCAGCCUCAGCCUCAGGCGCAGCAGGCUCCCAUGAUGCUGCAGGUAGACGGAACCGGAGACACCUCCUCGGAUGAGGACGAGGAUGAGGAGGAGGAGUAUGAUGAAGAUGAUGAGGAGGAGAAAGACAAGGAUGGAGAGGACGGGCAGGUUGAAGAGGAGCCGCUGAACAGCGGAGACGACGUCAGCGACGAAGAGGACCAGGAGCUGUUUGAUACAGAGAAUGUAGUGGUGUGCCAGUAUGACAAGAUUCACAGAAGUAAGAACAAAUGGAAAUUCCACCUGAAGGAUGGGAUCAUGAAUCUGAACGGGAGAGACUACGUCUUCUCCAAAGCCAUUGGGGAUGCCGAGUGGUGAAGCAGAAAAACGGAGGGAAAGCAAGCGGGAGCAGGAUCUCUGUAACUCCUUCUAUCCAGUUAACAGACACUUUAGCAUCCUUCCAUAUCCUGUGACUGGAUUCAUUCAGGAAACUAUUUCUGAGACUCCGAGAACUCUUGAGACAAACCCAAAGGACUGUGAGGUACUGUAAAACCCGGGUGUCCUCAAAAAGCACUCGACUAGCCUUGCGGGAUGAGAAACCAACAGAGGAAGGGAAAACCCGCGAGCCGAGCGUCGUUUAUUUCUUCUUCCAGGCUUCUCUGCCUUUUUUUUUUUUUUUUUUUUUUCUCUGAGAGAAUUCACGUAACUUUGGAAAGAAAGCAUUUCACAUCAUACAGGUGUAGAGGACCAGGGUGACCUCAGCUUCCCUGCCACAUGAGGUCAGAGGUCAUUCAUUAUAACCCCCAUAGAUGAGAAACACCUUUGUAAUGCACUGUAGUCGGUUGACUGGAUUGACUCGUGUCUACAUUCAUGUCCAAACUUAGUGCCACCAGUCAAGUCGCUGCCUUUAGAAUGACCAGAAUCACCAUUUUGGCUUUUUUUGGGGGGGAUCCUAAUUCUGAAUUCACGUUUAUGAAAAUGGUGCUCCAGAGUGUUUUUAUGUAGUUAACCUAUUGUUUUAAACAUUUUUAAAAAUGUGUUUAAUGAAGGAGUUUAAAAAAAAAAAAAAAAAGUAAGUAAAAUAACAAUCUUAAAGUAAUUCGUAUUUGCAUAAAGGCAUUUUUUUUUUUUUUUUAAUCUGCGCAGCAUUUAACCCAAAAAUACUGCCCCUCCUUCCCCAUAUUGGCUUCUCUGGAGCUUCAUUCCAUCUUUAUUGAUUUUUUUAAUUUUUUUUUUAAUAGAGAGAGCAACACUGAAUUAAUUGAGAAUUGUAUAAAAGUGUCUGAGUUUGUCCUGUUGGUGUAUCUUUGCUUUUAUUUUUGGUUCUUUACAGCUGUCAGAAAAUUUGCACUGUCUGUUUAUCAGUGUGUUGUGAAGUCAGUCAGUCCAUUUAAUCAAUAGCCACAGAGUUCUCUGUUUUGUGUGUGUGUGUGUGUGUGUGUGUGUGUGUGUGUGUGUGGGAGAGCGAGAGAGGGACAGUGGCUGACUGUACAGACACGUGAGGUGUGUGUGUUGUUGCUUUUCUCUGAAAAGAUUUUAGUUUAUUUCUCUUUUAUACCCUAUAGUCAAAAUGUCAGAGAACAGUGAGGGCGGUGUCCUUUGUUUUUCUCCUAUUUAUUCCUGAAAGUUCAUAAUUUUUUUUUUUUUAAACGGUUGGAAAGCCGCACCAAACUGUGCUCUUAUAAUCUAAAGUGUUCCUUUUUUUUUUUUUUUUUUCUUUUUUCGUCUGUUAGCUGGACAAAAGCUGCACAGCGCUGUGUUCCAAACUCUUUCGUCCACCAUAUGUUCUCUGCUUUCAUUUUAUUCACGGCUUUUAAAUUGAGAAUAUUUUCUAUCCAAGUGAGUUUAAAUUGAGGGGGGCUCCUGUGUGUGUCUGCAGCUUGUUUUUAGUUCCCCUGUUGCAGCAAAUUGAAAUAAAGUAUACAUGUUUUUUGACUGUGGUGUCGAUUUGGUCGUUGGUUGGCUCCAUAGAGUAGUGUGUGUGUGUGUGGGUGUGUGUGUGUGUGUGCGCGCUUUUUGUAAAGAAACUUAAGCAGCACAAAGAAAACACUGAUAUGGGACCUGAUGGAGAAAAAAGAAGAGGAUGACUUUUCACCUGAUCUAGUUGGAAUAGGAUGAAUUGUUUUACAUACAAGACCAAGGGAGGGAUUUCCACACAUUAAAUAAACUAUUAGUAAUAAAAAACAAAGACCCCCCCCCCCCAAAAGAUAGCUCAUUUACCUUUCUCUGUUCAUUUCCAUAUCUAGAUGUCGCGUGUGCCUUUUGAACUUUAGUUAAUUUUGUUUGUUUUGGGAUUCACACAUGCUAGACUGAAAAGGAUGUCUUAUUAAAAUGUGCUGUCUGCUCUAUAA